GCUGACUAGACACGUGAGUCGCGCUUUCUGAGGUAUGAUUCGUGCUGAAUGGAGGAGUUACCACCAUGCAACUUAUUUGCCCCGGCACAGCCUACACUUCUGCGUUUUCCGAGGGUGCUGGGAAGCGUUUUUAUGAGCUGCCAUUGGGGGGUGACGACAAAAUCCCGUCAGUGCGCGCGUAAGACGUCUGAUUGGCACUGCUUUAAUCUCGUUCCGGUGCAGUUUCCAGUUCCCACAGUGCAGACGGAACAAGCAGAACCGGUGCACACGUAGUCUGUCCCCGGUUCCUUUUGAGGUUGACGAGGAGUGCCGAAAUAUGACAGCCGAACACGAAACGACACUACCUGUUUGAAACACAGUGUCAAGGAAAAACGCUUGUGUCUGUUCACAGCAACAGCGUAUAAUGUGGAUAACAAAAUUCCGUAUUCCAGUUGGUCAAUUUUUGCAGCAUAGCUCGCGGGGGUUGUCACCGUGGUGCACGUUGAGUUUGAGAUCCGAUACAGAGAGGGAGAUGACCGAGACAGAUGGUUGGGAGACUUCAUCGGUCUCUCGAACCUCUGCUUCACCAAUUGAGCGCUUGAUAUGCUGGAAAUAAAGAUCCAAGGACUUAUAGGAGAAUUCGGACGCUGACUGUUUCGCAAAGCAUGUUCGGCUACAUAGCACGAGAAGUGACUACGAACCAGAGUCUGUUUAUGCGCCCCCCCCCAAAAGGAUGUCAAUUGUGCUCCACACACACUCCGGCGACCUGAGAAUUAUGAAAUAGAAACAAGGCAAGUACGAAUCACUGAAACUAGUGUGUCGUUCCUCCACAAGGGACGACUACAAGGCAUCCCGACAGGCUACAGGAACGGGGCCUCAGGAGAGCACCUGCACAAGAAUCGUAACUGGCCUGUACUUCCUUCUUUAGUCCUACAGAUCACUUCUGUUUUUUUUGCUUCUGGAUUAUACAAAAACCAGGAGAAGGCCAGCUUCUGGAUAACAGUUCGUCCUUUCCUUAUGUAACAUGCCGGACAGCGGUUCGUCUGCUUACGGCCGAACGCGGGCUGGGAUGCAUGCGUUGCGCCCCGAGUGAAAUUCUGAGAUUUCGUUUUGUUUUCACCGGUGUCCACUCCCACUUGAAAACUUCUCGUUUUUCCAUCUGUUUACCCGAGCCUCACUGAUACAGCACAUGUACUGUCUUCGUGCACAUCUCCAUACAAAAUCCAUCUCCGGGGCCCACGGCUGAACCAUUCGCCGGGUUAACGAGUGUGUUGAUCUGCUGCCCCAAGCAUAUGACGUCCCAGCGCCACUGGUGAUCUGCGUAUUAGUCUAGGACACGCGACCAACAGUUUUUUACGGCCUUUACCCUGUGGCAAACACGAACGGUGGAACUGGAGACGACAAACGCGCUGAGCACGUUUCUGAGUGACACGAAGGGAGUGUUGGAAAUCUGCUUCCAGUUGCUGCCCCUGUACAAUGCAGGUAGCUUCGAGCAAUAGGCUAGGAGGCGCUGCUGGCAGGUGUAUCGUCUGACUCCACACCUGGAGACGUUCGCAUAGAGGCUCUUCUGUGUCUCAGUGCUGAACGGCCUGAAAGGCCGUCUUACAUCCUCUGCCGUUUUUCUCUGUCGUCAUCUGUUUCCUUCUGUUGGGUGUGCUGCGGCAGGAGUCUCCUGUGUGACAGUACUUUUACGUUCCUGCGUCAUACAUAAAUAUAUUCUCCUUUUGGGUGUUCGGCUUUCUGCGUAUGCCUCAUAAAGAUCCCUUUCUUAAGGCAUUUCGUCAAACUGAUUUGAAGGCGCUAUGGCUGCUGUGGUUGGGUCUCGUCUGGGUGGGCGGCCUCAGGCCGUCGCAGAUUCGGCUGUUCGGGGCUCCCGACGGCGCGCCCGCAUUUUAGUUGAUUCCCAACUCGAACAUCAGAACCUCCGCAAGGUAGUCUUUUCUAAAUCACUGUCUGUCUCGAAGAGCUUUUCAAACGCCUCUGCAAAAGCAGUAGGCGUUCGCGUCUCCCUUGCCCGCUCACCACAGUCAGCUGUGGCUGACACCCCGUCAUCUCCAAUGGUGAGUGGCGUGUUGAUGCCUGGGAACUCCCUCCGUUUAACGCAUGAAGAAAACGCGGUCUACAGACCAGGUGGCGGCGGAGCCGCCUCUCUUGGUCAAAAGACAAGUGCUCCCUUGAUCGAAAAGCUUUACGGCAUCCCACACAACGGGUUCUGGAACCAACGACGGAUGUACACUGAAGCCAGAGGUCAGACAGCCGCCUUAGCUGCGAUGCAAGAUCCCGUUGAGGUUCUUAACUUUGCUGGUUCCAACGAGAUGGCGUCCACCUAUCUUCUUGUCAGCUGCCUACGACGAGUGUCUGCUCUGUGUGACAAGAAACACGCCGUCUUGGAAACUGUUGCGAAGGACGAACGCCUGCAACGGCUUAUUCAGCUCAUUUCGCCACAUGUUGAUGACUGCGACGCUCGGUGCCUCGUAGACCUCUGUUGGGCGGUCUGGGGCUUUCGAGGUGCGCCCGACGUCGUUGAGCCGCUGCUGAAUCGGAUGGCCAGCGUCGUCGUGCGUCGAGAGAAUGCUUUCACUCCCAAGCAGUUGGGGACUAUUGCUUUCACUUUCUCCUGGUUCCGAGGCGCACCGACUGACACUGUAGCUGACUUUGUCCUAGCAGAAUGCGUGAAGCUGUUGCCGGAGAUGGAACCGUUUCACGUCACCUUGCUCUUUGGUUCUCUGCGGCGAAUGAGACGUCUCAACCGGGACGUGGCGAACCUGAUGAUUGAGAAGCUCACAGACGACAUUGACCGAUUCACCAGUGACGAUGUUGUCGGGGUUCUACGGGCACUUGCUGCGAACUCGAUAACCCGUGGGUUCCUCCUGCGACGGGUCGCCACCUUGGUAUUUGAUAACCUUGAUUCUUUUAAGCCAAAACAACUCGCCAGUGUCCUCAACAGCCUAACGUUGCUGCGAUUCCUCACGGUCGAGAAUGGAGAGGAGCUAUUUUCCUGUUUAAGCGGUUCGCUGUCCGAGCUCCCGGCUGCCUCUAUUGCGGAGAUUUUGGAGGCGCUGACAAUCCUCAACUUUCCUCGACCGGAGGUCGUCCGCACCUGUCUCGAUCUGCUGGCUGAGAAGAACGGCCUUAUUUCUCAGGGAUCUUGGGUGCGAGACCACAUGAUUAUUGCGGCGCACGCGGUCAUUCAGUUUCAACUUUAUGACAAGAAUCCGGUGGUAAAACCGCUGCUCGAAGAACUAUUCCGGUCUCGAGUCAAUUCGUCGAGAACGCAACACAGAGUGGAAGAGGUGAUUCAUGCCUUAGAUUUGGAGAAAGCAUCACCACGGGUAGAUGUUCCUCCCUACUGGCGCGCUAUGAUUGACCAGGCGAAUCGAGAAGAGCAGGCUAGACUAGAACACAGCGGUUUGCAAAAUGAGCUGACGCUGGUGCUCGAUUCUCUUCGGGGCAAGUUUCAGCUGCAGAUCCAAAAGAACCAGCAAGCCGGUCCGUACAGCGUCCAGUUCCUUGACGACGAAACAAAGAUUUGCAUCGAGAUAGAUUACCCAUGCUGCCGAACGCCCCAUAUCAUCAAGGCAAGGCAUCUCAAGCAGCUUGGAUACCACUAUUUGCUCGUCGACUGUUGGCAAUGGCGGAGACUCCGCUCAGAGGCGGAACAAACUGUCUUCCUGAAGCAGCUGUUGUCGGGACCUCUGCUGGAAGUGGGCCGUCUUGAAGGAGUUGAACCUGACAACUAAGUCAUGGUGUUGCUCGUCGCAGCUUUGUGGAUUAUUUGUUGUGGAGCCGAAGGAACAAGCAGGGUACAUUCGGAGGUUUCAGCCUUCUCACGGGCGUGUAAGGGAUCCAGGAGGGAAACGAAAUAAGCGCUUUUCGUUAGCGGGGGAACAAUUGUCACAGUGUAUGCAGCACCGGCGUUCGUCUUAUUUUCAUGUUAGUACCGGGGCAGCUCCUUCCCUAACCAGGUUCCCUUCUGGAUGGAGAACCUCGAGAACACUGCUCAAAAGCUGGGGCUGAUGGUUCGUGUAGGUAACCAGACAAACGUACGCCUAAUUUGCUUCACUGCAGUAAAGAGGAGACUCAGGUAGUCAACUGGGAGUGCGCAGCAGCGGUGGUAAAAGUACGGCUUUGGUCCUUGGCCGGACCCCUGAAAUAUCCCUUUAUGGGUGUUUCUUGGGGCACUCGGAGGCUGUAGUGCCAGGGAAAUUCAGGCACAGUUUCAGUGACGGAUACCAGGAUUCACACAGUAAGUCAUGCUAUAGCGUCGGUGAAGAACUAAGUCGGUUGUCUUUGGUAAACGAAUACGCCGUUGGGGCAGAAACCAGGGAUAUUGUUAAACUUUGACAGAGGUUGUGUUUGAGCGGAAGCAAGAGCGCAGAAUGGAACUGUUGUGGAAGUCGACUAAUCUUACCGAUUUGUUAGUCCUUGUGUCAUGCAACGGGACGCACGAGCACCAGAUUUGAUAAUUUUUACAGGAAGGCAGCCCAUGAGCAAGAUGCAGGGCUCACUGCUUACGGUAGUCUCGCGCCAGUGGAACCGGA